UUUUGGUAAACAUCAGUGCUAGUCUGUUUGAAAUCUAGUCGAUAGUUGAUUGUAGAUUUUCCGUUUCACUGUGAUUUUGUGAAAAUGAGAAACUGUUCGACCAGCUUGGGAAAUGAAAUUUGCUCCGGUUUUUAGAGUUUUGAAAAAUAUGCGGCGUACGGCGGGAAAAAUUGUUUCAAAAAAAUACAGUUCGCACUUUUUCUGAGUUUUUUUUGUUGUUAACAUGGCUUUGGAACUGAGUUCGCAUUCAGCUUUGCCGUUAGACUUUAGCAGUGGGUCACACAGAGACGAUUCUGGUAGCUCUGAGUUGAAUGUUUCAGACUGUGUGGCUUCGAGUCCUGGCAGUAGCGCCUUCACCAUCGUAACACCAAAAGGACGAGAAGUUGCCGAACGUAACGGUUCUCCAUUACAAUUCCCAUCACCGGCUGGUUUUGCCACGUACUGUCGAAAUCUCUGGGGUUCGCCAAUUCUGUCAGGCGGUCCACGAUACAUGUCCCCUUUCAACGAUGGAAACAGCAAGGAAAAGUCUCCAGAACCCAUCAAAUUCGGUAUCAGCCGAUUGGUCUCAAAAUCGGACGACGACGAAGAACAGGGAAGCGUGAACAACUCCAAAUACUACCACAAAGACGAGAGCAGCUACUACAGCGGUGAUGAACGAAUGUCGCCAAGGUUCAGCAGCGACAAAAGAUGGGACAGCCAAUCACCAAGACCUUCGCCAAGUCCGUCACCAGAACUAGAAGUGGACUCUCCAGUGCACUCGAGGUCAAACUCCCCCUUCCAACGACCACCGUCGAUCACCGAUAUCCAGAAAAUAGAAUCUUCCAGCAAAAAAUCAGAAGCGUUCUCAGUCAGCGCUUUGCUAAGGCCGGACAACCCGAAAAAGGUCGACAGCCCAUGUUUCCAAGAGACUAUUUCGGUGACGCGGUCCUAUCUCUACCCGCCCUUCGUUGAUCUGAUGAAAGACGCCCAGCUCAAGUCAGCCCAGGAGUACACCUCGCAUUUUCUGCCCAGGAACUUCGUUCAUCCGGGACUCUUUCCGCACGGGCUGUACCAACAGAAGGACGGCGAGGAGAGGAGUUUCCUACCAACCCCCACGUCACUCUACUUCAGCGCUGUAGCUGCAGCCAUGGCUGGUGGCCAUGCACAACCAGGACAUUAUCCGGCCCCACCAACUGCUGACGAGCUUUACAGGCUCAGGCAUCAUCUCUUGAACAAUCCUUCCGCGGUUCAUCCACAUCACCACCAUCUUCUGAUGAGGCCCGGGAUGAUGCCUAUCGGAGACGUUUAUUCUUGUAUCAAGUGCGAGAAAAUGUUUUCAACGCCCCACGGACUUGAGGUUCACGCUAGGAGAUCUCAUAACGGCAAGAGACCGUUUGCUUGUGAACUGUGCAAUAAAACUUUCGGACAUGAAAUCAGCCUCAGCCAACAUCG